ACAAGUCAGAGGAUAAUAAUUUCAUAAGCCAUCUCUCUUGCAGUUUGAUUGUAAUUAUUAUUAGUUAUUACUGUUACAAUAGGUUGGUACAGUAUAUAUUUAGCAAUAGAUUCUUAAUCUUUAAGGUAAGUGUUUUUAUGUUGUCACAUUCUUGUAUCUAUUUACUCCUGCCUCUUUUUCCUCAAGUCUCUAGGGAGAAGUGUUGAUCCAUGAACUGAAGUCUCAAGUGCAAGAGAAUGAUCUUAUAUAUAUUUGAAUGAUAACUGGUGAAAUAGUGAGAUGGUGGCACCUUUGGACAAGGUGACACAAAAAGCCAGACAACAGCUACAGUAUCAUGAGCUCCACGCAGUCAAACUCCUCUGCAAAUGUGACCUUUGUUCGUCCUGCAACAUUUUUCCUCAACGGCUUUUCUAAUGUUCCAUAUGUGAAAUACUACUAUGCAUUCUUGUCUUUGGUGUAUGUUGUGACUGUUUUAGGGAAUUCAUUUAUCAUGUAUAUCAUUUAUUUGGCCCGCAGACUUCACACAGCCAAAUACAUUGCUGUUUUCCAUCUGGCCCUUUCUGAUCUGUGUGGAAGCUCGACUUUGAUUCCAAAUAUCAUUGACACAUUUUUGUUUGACCACCAGGACAUUUCAUACGAAGUGUGCUUCGUAAAUAUGUUUUUUGUAUAUCAUUUCAUGAAUCUGCAGUCUUUGACACUACUUGUCUUGUCUUAUGACAGACUGGUUGCUAUUUGUUUUCCUCUACAAUAUCAUGCAAUUGUUACCAAAUCAGCCAUGUUUCUAAUCAUAGGUGUUAUGUGGAUUUUAUCUGGGACUUAUUUUUCUGUACAUGUGGGUUUGCUGAAUAGACUUUCUAUUUGUAGUUCUAAUGUGGUUAAUAGUUAUUUCUGUGAUUAUGGCCCUGUCUGUAGACUAGCUUGUAAUGAUAAUUCCUUGAAUUUACUGAUGGGAAAAAUUUGCCUUGGUUUUCUGAUUUGUCUGCCUCCAAUACUGAUCUUCAUUUCAUAUAUCUGCAUUGCUCUGGCUCUGCUUAAGAUUGCUCAUGGUGCUGAACGAAUCAAAGCUAUAAAAACCUGCACCUCACAUCUCAUAUUGGUGGCAGUUUUUUAUCUUCCACUUGUAGCCAAUAAUAUUGCAGCUGCCACAAUACCGAUCCAUCCAAACUCCAGGUUAAUUAACAAUUCCUUGACUCAGAUAGUACCACCUAUGUUGAAUCCCAUCAUAUACACUCUAAAGACAGAGGAAGUCAUGCAAUCCAUAAAAGAACUGUACAAGCGAAGCAAGGUGAACACUACUCAGGAAAGAAAUAUGAAAUUAAAUUGAAGGAACUAAAAAUUAUUAAAAAUAAUUUAUUUCUUAUUACUAUAAUUAACUUAUUUUACCCUUGGAUUGCUUUCGUUAUCUGCUUGAAUGAGACUUUGCCCUUCUGUAUUUUGUAAAAAAAAUAAAAUAAAUAAUAAUAAAAAAAAAAGACAUGCUAUGGAACAACCCUUUAUAUUACAUUUUUUUCUUUGAAUGUCAAAAGGUUUUUGAAACACUCCUGAGACUGUAAAGCUAUAAUAUGUUAAAUGUUUAUUUAUAACUACUCACUUAUUCCUACUAUUCUGUGCUAAGAAACAUUAGUUUGUUCCUUUUUGCAACUUUUGUUUUUUUUCUUGAGAGUGACCCCAGACUAUAUGCAAGUAUGUGCUUCAGUGAAUUUAUACCAUAAAUUAUAUUAAAAUGAAAAACAAUAGCUCA